AUGGAUACCCAUCUCAUAGAAACACUCCAAUUUGAAUACCCACCUCCCAAUUCUGUUGAUUCGAAGCAAACCUUAGAUAGGUCUUCACACAAUUCACCUCCGCCGCAAACCCUAGACUGUUUGCUCAACUCAUCAGCAGCUCCGCCCGACUCGAAUCCCGAUGAUCACUCUGAUUCGGCUUUGUUUGGUGGUGUUGAUUCUCAAAAGAACGAAGAAAAUGAUGCAUUCAAUUCUUCGCAUUGGCCGUCCAUGGGGUGGGACUCCCAGGGAGGCACCAAGAGCUCGGCCUCAGCCUUGAGUUGGUCCGAUUGGCCAUUGGAAGAAACUGUUGCCAAGGUUUCUGAUUCAGUCUCUCCAGAUUGGUCAAGUGAAGCUAAGCCGGCUAUGGUGGGUGCAAGGCUUGCAAAUCUAGGCAACACUUGUUUUCUUAAUGCAAUCUUACAAUGUUUUACGCACAUAGUGCCACUAGUUCACGGUCUUAGGUCAUACAAUCACCCGAGGCCUUGUGACUGUGAUAAUGAAGGGUUUUGUGUAAUUUGCACUCUUCGUGACCACAUUGAAUACUCCAUAGCUUCGAUGGACAGGACAAAGGAUACUUCCUUGCCUUCAGCUGAUGAGAGCUUGGUCAAGCAAGUUUUUGGUGGCCGUCUGUUUAGCAGACUUCAAUGCUGCAAUUGUGGUCACUCUUUUGACACCUAUGAGCCCUUGAUUGACCGGAGUUUGGAGAUUGAGAAUGUGGGUACUCUUCCUAGUGCAUUAGAAUCUUUCACCAAGAUGGAAAAGAUUGAAGAUACAGAGACAAAGUUCACUUGUGAACAAUGUAAAGAAAAAGUGUCAGUAGAAAAGAAGCUUAUAUUGAACCAGGCUCCUUCUGUUGCUGCGUUCGACUUGAAAAGAUUCAAGAAUGAUGGCUCAUAUGUUGAGAAGAAUGACAAGCACGUGGAGUUCCCACUAGAGCUAGACUUGCUGCCAUACACUAGUGUCGAUGUGUCGAUCAGAAUAAUGAUAUUCUCAUCCACUUCGGGUCAUUACUAUUACUUCAUUAGUUCUUCCCCAGAUGCAUGGUACAAGUUGGAUGACUCAAAGAUGCAUCCAAACAAAGGAAUGAAAGAGACAUGGAAUGAGAUUCUCAUUUUCCUUGCCACUCCUACCAGCCAAACAUGGCCUUCAGGUUGCAUUAUAUAUUGGCCAAAAGCCGCUGAACAGAAGGCAGUGGAAAGACUUGUUACAGGUAAGAAUAUAGAUGGGAUAAGAGACCCAUAUAUUCCUUUUGCUUUGCUCAUCUAUGUCCACGGCACCGAGAGAAAUAGAGGUCAUGGGAAUUUCUUUAACCUCUCAACAUCGAAGUCAGUGUUUGCUCUGACGCUCUAUGAAAUGCCUAGCACUCGACCCAAACUUCAUCUGUCACCAAUUGAAUGUCCACCCAACUGCAAGACCAAUUUCAUACAACGCAACUCGCAGAUCAGCACUCCACCAACGCCGAGAUAG